GGGGUUUUGCCCACUAACCCCCAUUGGGUCCAAUCAAGGCUGUGCGAGGCACCCGGUUUGCUGUUUAUGCUAUGCCAAAUUUGGCGAUGUUGGCUCAUGCCAAGCUAGUGUGGGUGGAUGCCCUAAAGAGGCCACUUUAAGGACCAAAAAAAGACACUAGUGUCAACCAGACUCACAUUAACAGACACAUAUAAAAAUCCACCAUAUAGACUCAUGCCCGUACUCUAUUGGCAAACACUCAACAGGAGGAAAACAUUGCAUCCCAGCCACCUUGAGCCUGCUGCCGUCACAGAAGAGGGGAUAGAAACCAAGAGUCCUAACUCGUAACCACUAAACUCCAUUUCUCUCCCACACCUGGAACAGAAUCCAGGAGUCCUAAUGCAGCCCCACCCUGCUCUAACACCUUGGUAUUAGUACAGGCCAAACCUGCAUUGGUACGCUACAGCAAUGGCUCUCAACCUUUCCAGAUUACUGUACCCCUUUCAGGAGUCUGAUUUGUCCUGCGUAUCCUCAAUUUUCACCACACUUAUAAACUCCUUGCGUACAAAAUCAGACAAAAAUACAAGUGUCACAGCACGCUAUUACUGAAAAAAACGGGAAUGGGAUUGACACUUAGGUUAGUUCAAAGGCUAUUUGGGGGGAAACUGUGUCCAUUUUAGUGGCCAAAUGGGGGAUUUUGGUUGCCACCACUUUUGAAAAUUGGAUCAUUUUUUCAUCACAAAGGCAAGAGUCUUCUGAAGAAAAAUAUCUAACUGGUUAUUUUGAUGCAUAAAAGUGUCAGUGUUUUCACUUCGGUCUUUAGAGUGGAAUUUUCAAAGCAGCGUAAGAGAGUUAGUAAUUCCAUGGGAGUUGGACACCUAACUCCCUUAAGGCCCUUUGAGAAUCCCAGCCUGCAUGUUUAUUUUGCUCUAUAGGUUUGGUGUGGUGAGUGGCAGAUUCUCUUUCACCAGGUGGUGUAUGUUUUGGAGGCAAGACUGUUGCUGUUGGCACCGUUAAAAUGUCCACGUGCGAGGACAUGUUGCUGUGCAAUUACCGCAAGUGCCGUGUCAAGCUCUCGGGCUAUGCUUGGGUCACAGCUUGUUCACACAUCUUCUGCGACCAGCACGGCAGUGAGGAAUUCAGCCAUUCACCAGCAGUCUGUCCCGCCUGCAACAGCGCCCUCUCUGGCAAGAUGGACAUUGUUCGCACCGAGCUAAGUCCCUCUGAGGAAUACAAGGCCAUGGUGUUGGCUGGACUGCGGCCAGAGAUCGUGCUGGACAUCAGCUCCCGCGCACUGGCCUUCUGGACAUACCAGGUUCACCAAGAGCACUUGUACCAGGAAUACACCUACAGCAAGGCCGAGGGACACCUGAAGCAGAUGGAGAAGGUGUACACUCAGCAGCUGCAGAGUAAAGACAUGGAAUUGACUUCUAUGAAGAGCGAGGUCUCCUCUCUGAAGAAGGUGCUGGAAGAGUACAAGAAGAAGUUCAGCGAGCUCUCCGAGAAGCUCAUGGAGCGCAACUGCCAAUACCAGAAGCUCCAGGGCCUCUAUGACAGCCUCCGUCUGUGCAACAUAGCCAUGGCUAAUCAGGAGGCUGCCCACGAGCCUCCCAUGAUGCCUCAGCCUGCUGUCUUUGGCUUCCCAUUGGGUAAUGCUGCCAGGUUCCCCGUGGACACCACGCCGGUCCGGGGCAGGUGUGGGGAGGGAGACUUCCACUUCAAACCCUUCUUUGCCACAUCCCCACCUGCGGGCGAGUCUGGCACCAGCUUCUUCACCUUCGCCUCUCCCAGCAACGAGCUGGAGCCUCAUCCUGGAGCCAGCAGGGCCUACAAGAUGAAGAGGAUGUAACUGGUAAUGCGCCUUUCACACCUGCCUCUUGGAAAUUUAGCCCAUCCAUCAGUGGGGGAAAGAGCGAAAAUGCUUAUUGUCUGGGGCUGGGAUUCUCCUCAGACUUGGGCUAUUUCUUUUAGGUAUUGAAAUGUAAUCACCUGCAAAUAGUCUUGCCCUCUCAUCCUAGACUGUAAUGUCCUGUCACUUCUGAUUGUCAAUUUCAUUGUCACAACCUGUCACCAACAGACUGUCACUCUCAGACUGUAAACCUCUCUCACCCUUGGAAUGUCCCUCUCAGAUUGUAAAACUGACACCCUCUGACAGUAGUAUCCCAUCUCUCUUGGACCAAGAUGAUCCUCAAAGACACCUAAAUACCUUUGAAGAUCUGGGCCUGGUUCCGUUGUACUCUGCUCAAUGGGUUACACGUUCAUCGUUGUGUAUUUACCUCUGUGUAUGUAUGUGGGUCAAGUUAUGCAUGGGUGUGUUUGUAUAAAUCUAGAUAGUUGUGUGUUGUCUGUGUGUGUAAGUCAAUAUAUGUGUUUAAAUCUGUGUGUAUACUGGUGUGUCUUUCGCUCUUGUGUGCACACAGAUAUACAUGUGGGUAGGUGCCUCUUGCUGUGUGUGUGUGUUUAUCUCUGAAUGUCAGAGGGUGCAUAGCUCUGUGUAGGUGUGUUUUUGUUUCUAUAUCUAUGCUUGUGUUCCUAUGUGUGUGUGUGUGUUUCUCAGUGCUAUCCAGUGUGUUCCCCGGGUACAUUUCAUUCCAUCCUACCUUUGCAGUUAUUUCCCCCCAACUUAAAGUUCAGACGUUAUUUACACUCAUUAUAAUCAGAGCAGAUACUUCUCUGCAUUUGUCUGGACCUGGAAUUUAUGUGGGACUAUUUUAAUCAAAUCUAGAAAUACACAGAAAUAUAUCUUUAUUGAUUUAACAUUUCUAUUCUCUCUAUUUGAAUCUUACCAAUCUAAUCAAUGAAUUAAUGUAAUAUAUAUUUACUACGUUAAUAUUUGAUUUUAACCUGAAAAUUAUGUAACAUACUGUUCUUAAUCCAAUAUUCAAUUGAUUCUGGAAAUUUGUCUGAUAUAGAAUUAUUAGGUCAAUAUUUUAAUUGGAUCUGGAGGUUAAAAAAAAUAUAACUACAAAUGUCAUAUUUAAACCAAAUCUAAAAAUAUAUGUAAUUGUUAACUGAAUAUUUUAAUCAAAUCUAGAAAUGAAUAUACGUUAGCUUAAUAUUUUAACCACAUCUGGGGAAUACAGUGUAUCAUUAUUAAGUUAGUAUUUUAAUCAAAUCAGGAAAAUGUAUUUAUUAAUUUAAUAUUUUAAGCAAAUGUGUACAAAAGUAAUAUAUAAUUCCUAAUUUACUGUGGUAAUGAAAAAUGAGACUGUAUCAUUAUUAUUUUGAACAUAAUAGGAAUUCAUAUCCUAUAUACUUAUUAAUGUAACAUGUUUAACAAAUCUGGAAAUCAUCACAAUGUUUACUUAUUAAUUCAAGGUUUUAAUCAAAUCUAAAAAUUAAAAUAAUAUGUAAAUAUUUAACAUAUGAUGUGAAUAUAGAAAUCAAUACAGCAUGCACUUAAUAUUAAUAACUAACUCAUCAAUAUUCAUAAGUAAAUAUUUUCACUGAAUGUAGGAAUGAAUAAAAUAUCUGAUUUUUAAUUUAUUAUUUUAAUCAAAAGAGGACUAGAUGACCUCCUGAGGUCUCUUCCAACCCUAAUCUUCUAUGAUUCUAUGAUUCUAGUAUAUAAUUAUUCAUUUAUUAUUUAAGUUGAAGGUAGACAUGGAUAGCAUAUAUAGUUAUUAAUUUAUUUUAAUUAAAUAUAGGAAUUGAUAUCUUUGGUAGUUUUUUGUUUAUUUUAAUCAAAAUUAUAAUAUUAUUAGUUUUACAUUUUAAUCAAAUCUAGGAAUUAACAUAGCACGCAAUUAUUAAUUUUGCAUUCCGAGUCUCAACAUUAAUAUAAACUGUAACUCUUAAUCUGCCAUUUUAAUCUAAUCUGGAAAAUAUAAUAUGUAAAUUGUUUGGGACUCUUUUUUGCUUCUGUGUUUGUGCAGCUCCUAGCACAAUGAGGCCCUGGUCUGUGACUGGGGCUC